CCGGCGACAGAAGACAGCUUACAAACUGACAAGUGACAAUGGUGACAACAGAAAUUGACAAAUUUUUAUGUAAAUCAAAUAAUAUUCUUCGAGAUGAAGAAAUAAUUGUUUAAAUAACCCACUACGGCUAUAAUUAAUUACAUUAACCUAUUCAAAUUCAAUUUGUUAAGAAUAUCAUAAAUUUAAUUAGCAAACCAAGCAUAACAAUUGUAUAAUUGAACAUAAAAUGAUCGUAACAGAAAAUAUGACUGCAAAAGAAAUCAUAAACGAUUUCAAAGAAAAUUAUGGAAAAGUUCGUAAAUUACUCGACGAGGACAGUAAAAAUGAUCCGGAAAACGAGCCUUACGCUUCUAAAUAUAAGGCUAAAGCUAUUCUACUAAAUAUGUAUGUAUCACUUCCAACAAUAUCCCCGUCGAACUCCGAAGAGUGUAUUGAUAAAGUCAAACUUGACGCUAUGAUGGGAACCGUACUUUUAAAUAUCGGUAUAAUAGAUAUGGAGACCGAAGAAUUAACUGCAAGUGAAAAUGUUCUUGUGGAAGCUGAGAAACUGUUAACGCCAAAUGCAACUAAACCUGAGGUUGUUAGAACUCUUAUUAGUGUGUAUAAUAAUCUCGGUAUUUUAUGGUCCAAUCGCGGUGAACAAGAGAAAGCUAGAGAAUACCUAGUGAAAGCCAAAGAUUUGUAUGAGAAUUUUAAAUGCACUUUACAAAUACCUCUGGCAAUUGAGCAGAUUGUAAACAAUGCUGGUGAAACAAGUGCUGAUGAUUUCUUACUAUUUGAGAAAGCACAUACAUUAACUUUAUAUUAUCUGGCACAAGUAUUUUGGGCUUUGAAACAGAAUUUAAAAGCAGCCAUUUACUAUUAUGUUACAUUAAGAAGGCAGUUGCAAUAUUCUGAUUAUGAACCGAUUGAUUGGGCUUUAAAUUCUGCAACUUUAUCACAGUAUUUUGCUGAACAGAAUGGAUUCUUCCAAUCAAGGCAUUUAUUGGCUGCAUCAUCUACUAUUCUUGAACAACAUGAGCAGAGUUUGCAAGCGGUGGAGAGUAAUGAGGAUGCACACUUGGCUAAGUUGGAGACUUUUAAGCACAGAUCUGCAGAUGUUGCUCGAUGUUGGGCAAAGUACUGUCUGUUAUUGAUGAGUGCAUCUAAAACAAGACUGAUGGAUGAUGCAGAAAGAUUAGAAGAUGCUAUAACAGAUAUGUCAAAUUUGAAUCUAGAAGAUACUGAAAAUAUCUGCGGUGGAGACAUAAAGAAUCUCAAUUUUCCAGAAUUAGAUGUUUCCAAAUAUGAGAACAAAGUGACAGAUAAAUUCCUACUAAUGUAUCAGGAUGCUCGGGAAGUAUUUCUCAACUGUCAAUCAUGGUUGAACAAAGCGAAGGAAUACUACAAAUUGGAUUCACUAGCAUCAGAUUAUAUAAAACUAACACAGGACAGUUCUCAAUCAUAUGCUUAUUUAGCAUUUUUCGAAGAAGACGACGAAAGACAAGCGAAAAUGCACAAACGUCGUGUGGACAUGCUAGAAGAACUUGUUAAGGAAAUCAACCCGGUGUACUAUUUACAGUACUGUCGACAAUUGUGGUACGAACUAGGUGAAGUGUACUCGGAGAUAUUGAAUAUAAAAUUGGAUAAAGUCAACAAGACUUCUGAGAAACCAACGCCUCACGCUUUAAAGAAAAUCAACAUGUUAUGUGAGAAAAGCAUUGAAAAUUAUGAUCAUUUCUUAAAUUCUAUUAAAGAUAAAAAUGGAAAAUUGCCUCGGAAAUUAGAGUUUGAUGUUAUAAGGCCAGUUGUAAGUGCUUAUGCGUAUAUGGGGAGGAAUAGUAUGAAAAGAAUUGGUUUGGAUAAAGCUAUGCAAUUGAGUAAUAUUAAAAAGAGUUACGAGUCAUACCAAGCAGUGGUUGAUAUCUGUAAAAGUGAUGAAGAGGCAGCAUCUAUGAUGAAAGAAGAAUACAGCCUCUGUAAGGAGAUGGUACAGAUUCUUCCAAUUAAAAUAAAAAAGCUCGAAAGUGAAUUGGUAUCCUAAAAAUAUAUAGAAACUUCAGCUUCAGCAUAUA